AUGGUAUAUUCUACCAGCCGUCAAUCCACGGCCGAAGACCAUGAGCUGCAACCUUUUUAUGGCAGGGACAACUCUUCUCAGCCUGAUGCCGCGCAGUCGCUCUCCUCUAACGAGGAUCAUCAUACACCGAUGCUUGGUCAUCCGAAGCAACUUGACGAUCGUUCCCCUAAGAUGGAGUCGGAAAAUCCUGAGCAUAAGCCGUAUCUCAAGCGUGUGUACGACAAGCUUGUAAGAGGACACAAGUACGCUGAAAUUGGUCCGUUGCAGCCGGAUCUCCACCAACGCGCAUGGCGUACUGGUGUAAAGUCGGCUACCUUGGGUGCAACAGUAAUCUUCAUUUUGAACGCGGGCAUAACUUUAUUCAUUGCCACUCGCUGCAGCAAAAUAUCCUUCCUGGAUUCUGGACUUCAUGUCGGUAUCAAUAUCCUUAGCACCGCCUUUCUCAGCGCUAUCAACUUUGUCAUGCAGAUCCUGAACGCUCCUUCCAGAAGUCAGCUCGACGAUCGUCACCAACUGGGCAUGUCACUUGACAUUGGCAUCCCAUCGUUCAAGAACGUUCUUCGAGUUGGAUGGCUUCAGGGAUUUCUCUGGUUUUUUAUUGGGAGUUUCGGCUAUCACACUACAUCUCUUGCAGCCUACACGUGA